AUGAAGGACCCCUCUACAGCCUCCACGGCUGGUCUGAUGUUCGAAGUUGUUGGACAUGUCUAUGUUGUCAAACGCGCUAGAGAUGCCCUUUGCAUACGAGUACUCGAAGAUGGCAGUGAACAGCAACUGCAUUUGGAACACAUCGACCCCAAGGUGGAGGAAUUCUCCCGUUUUCCAUUUGAUGAGGUCCAUCAUCCGGAUGCAACCAAGUACUACCGACCGGUUUCUGGCAACCUCACUGGCAUCGACUCGUUUGCUUUCGAAAGGGAUGAGAAUCACACCAUCACCGGUGUUGUCAUGUUUCAGUAUACGAUCUCUACUACCCGGCAUUCAGUCAAGAUGGGAUUCAUUAAACAACUUUGGGACGCGCUGAAGAAUGAACACCGAGAGAUGUGGCAAUGGAAGCUUGUAUUUGUCAUCCCAAAGGAUGAGGACCGGAAAGCGUUUAGGAAAAAAAUGCCCACUAAGGCUUUGAUGACAGCGGUGUCUCAAUUUGCGCUGGAAAUUGAUCUGAAGGAUAUGUGGAAGACAAUGUGCAGUUCACACUGA